AUGCAAAUUUACAUCUCUGGGUGGAUCGUGAAGGGGAGAAGACGACGGAAGGGAAGCUUGUUGCCCACGGAAGCGAACUCGGUCUGA